AUGACACUUAAACGAGGAGCUUUAAUAGUUAUCGAGGGUGUUGAUAGAACUGGUAAAUCAACACAAAGUAAACGCUUAGUUGAAAGCUUAAAGAAUAAACAAAUACAAGCUGAAUACACGAACUUUCCAGAUAGGAGCACUGAUAUUGGUAAAGUUAUUAAUAGUUACUUGACAUCAAAGAAUGACUUGUCAGAUGAAACUAUCCACUUGCUUUUCUCUGCAAAUCGUUGGGAGAAAUCUAGAGGCAUAAUAAAGACAUUAGAAGAAGGAGUCAGUGUCAUUGUGGACAGGUACUGUUAUUCUGGUGUAGCAUUCUCUGCUGCAAAAGGUUUAGACUUAAAUUGGUGCAAAUCACCAGAUUCUGGUUUACCAAUGCCUGACAGGGUAUUCUUUCUUACAAUGCCUCUUGAUAAAAUACAGCAGAGAAAUGGAUUUGGAAAUGAAAGGUAUGAAGUCCUAGAUUUCCAAAUGAAAGUUUCAGAAAUGUAUCAGAAACUAAAAGAAGAUAACUGGGAAGUUCUGGAUGCCAGCAGACCAAUAAAAACAAUACAGGAGGAGUUAUUAGAAAAAUCUUUGAAUGUAAUUAAUAGUGUUGGAUUAAAACCCAUAGGCAAGAUUUGGGUCGAGUGA